CCGAAAGGCGGCGACGUGUACGUGUGAGUUCCCAAGGACUACACCGGCGAUGAUGUCAACGUGAAUAAUUUCGUCGCCGCGCUGCUCGGCGACAGGUCGAGACUCACCGGCGCCGGAAGCGGGAAGGUUAUCCUCAGCGGGCCGAACGACCACGUUUUCGUCUACUACGCCGACCACGGCGGCCCAGGGAUCCUCGGUAAGUAUUAUUCGGUGUUGGUCCAUCUUUUUAAGUUAAUACGUACGUAUUCUGUGUUGCUGCGUCGUGAUAUGAAUUGGUGGUAAUGACCUUUGCUUGAUCGGUCAAUCCUGAGAACUAAAUGAGAAGUAGCAGCUUCCUCCUCCUCCUCCUCGCCGGUGCUGCUAUUCUUUACACACCCACUGCAGCUGCAGCGCCUGAUGGGGAAUGGCAACCGAUCCCCAAUGUCGCCGACCCUCAUGUCCAAGGGCUCGGCAAGUGCGCGGUGGACGAGCAAAACAAGGUGACAAACUGCGGCCUCAGGUUCGCCAAGGUUGUGAGCGGCAAGGUUCAAAACACAGGCGGCACCACAUACCUGCUUGACGUCGACGCGCUGCGGCUCGACGGCUCGCACAAAAUAUAUCAGGUGGAGGUGAUCGACCACAACUCCUCGGGCAGUUCCACAUGCAAGCUCCUCUCCUUCGGCACAAACUGUUGA